UGUGGCUUCAAGAAGGUGGCUCGCCAAGCCAAAGCAACUCACACACAUCCGUAUUUACUGGCAUCUGUAGAUUUGUAUGAAUGAGUACGAGAAAGUGUGGUGUGGUGCGGUGCGGUGCGGUGGCCAACUGUCAUCUGUGCUGCGAUUCAGUUGCAUUUCUAUUGCGCACACAGCAAGAUACUUCCAAGAGAGCCGGCCUCAUUGCGUGAUAACCAAACGUUUGCCAAUUGCAUUCGUCCUUAGCGGGUCGCGAAUUACGACUACACUUUGAAAACAUAAAACUAAUUUGCAUAUGCAAAAUAUAAAUUUAAUUUAAUUCUACAAAGCAUAAAAAAUAAGUGUCUCCUUUACAAAUGAACAAAGUCAGUGUUUGGAAAUUUGUGGAAUUGUUCAAAAGUAGUUUUUGUUUCACACUUUAAAUAUGAUGGUGAUACAGCAACAAUCACUUUGGAGUGCAGGAACACAAUCGGCGACUUCGCCCACCGUAGCCAAUGAGCAGCAGUCAACUAAUGAACUGCAAAUACAACAACAUCUGGUGGAUAACGAAAGUGCGAAAUUGUGUAAUGAAAGGAUUUUUAUCAAAACUGAACCCACAGAGUUGAUGCCACGGAGUAUUGAGGAUAAUGCACCCACAGUUGGACAUCGGCCAAAUGCAUUCACUGGACACAUGCGAACCUCGCCCUCGCCUUCACCUUUGCGGCCUGCAUCGGAGGACACUGAAGGCCGCGAAGAUGCAGAGUAUGGGGAGCAAUUGAAGCGAUGUGUGUCACCAACGAAGAGCUUGAAUAAAAAACGUCGCCUUGAAGUGGGCGCAGAGGUCGGUGAAGUACUCAACCUAGCACGUCAAUCACCAAAGAAGCCAGCGCGCUCACCACGUCGUUCGGUAACUCCAGAUAUCAGUAACGCGAGGAGCUCCGAAGACCCGCGUCAGCAGUUGUCAGAGAGUGCCUCUAACAUUUUUGCUGCACUCCAGAGCCCGCUGGCACCGCUACUGCUGCAAAAUCAUCUGGGCAUAGCUUCAUCAAACCUCGGCACCAAUGAGAUGCAACAAGCUUUCCAGUUACAGCUACAAAGUUACGUGGAAAUGAUGCGGCAAGUAACACCUGAUAACUUUCAAAAUCCUACGGCGACACAUUUUCUACUGCAAAACUCACUGCAAGCGAUGGCCCAAUUUCAAGCACUGCAACAACUGAAGCAGCAUCAACAAUUACAACAAGAACGGCAGCAGCGCUUUGAUGGUGAUGAGCUCCAAACGACGGGACAACUCAAACCUCAGAGCUUGCCUGCGAGAGAUUCCAAGUGUUUCUCCACGCCGUUGGCUUCAUCGCCAUUACGUAGUCCUUCGCUGAGUCCAGUUAGUCGGCAUCACUCAAAAUCUUACAACCUGACACACGAUGAACAAGAAAGCGGUGCCGCAAACUCAACACAACAAACAACACCACCUAACUCGGCUGUGGGACUACAAAUGAGCAGUGCCAUCUUAACGCCAAACACACCCGGCAUGUCUUCCAUAUUCCCCAAUGCGUUACCUGGCGCCGCAAUGAGUUUUAGCAGCACGCCGCAGAAUUGCAGAUCGGUGGGUGCGAACGCAGUGUCUGCAGCAGCGCGCAGUCUCGAUCAAUCGCCGGAAGAGACUACAGAUUUGGAAGAACUGGAGCAGUUUGCCAAAACCUUUAAGCAACGUCGCAUAAAACUAGGAUUCACACAAGGCGAUGUCGGUCUGGCAAUGGGGAAAUUGUAUGGCAAUGAUUUCUCACAAACCACCAUCUCACGAUUUGAAGCACUCAAUCUCAGCUUCAAAAAUAUGUGCAAAUUAAAGCCACUGUUGCAAAAAUGGUUGGAGGACGCUGACAAUACGAUCUCAAAGACGGGCGGAGUUUUCUCACUCAACUCCAUGUCGACAACACUCAGCACACCGGAAAAUAUAAUCGGUCGUCGUCGCAAGAAGCGCACCUCGAUAGAGACCAACGUGCGCAGCACGCUCGAAAAGGCAUUCAUGGUCAACUGCAAACCCACUUCGGAGGAUAUAAACAAUUUGGCAGAGAAGCUGAAUAUGGACAAAGAAGUGGUGCGCGUUUGGUUUUGCAAUCGUCGACAAAAGGAAAAACGCAUCAAUCCCGCCCUCGACCUGGACAGCCCCACGGGCACACCACUCAGCAGCCACAUAUUUGGUUUCCCAGCACAAGCACUCAGCAUGUCGAACAGCCAUGAAGCCUCCUCGAUGUGCGGCAGUUCGAUCAGCUCCCUAUCGCCGCACUGCGGUAGCAAGCAAGAAUGAUCCUGUGGCUACAGAGAUAUAACGCGAAAAAUGUUGUAUCGAGAUAUGCAAGCAGCCAAUCUGCCGUGUCUGCUAUACCAGGCGCCGCUAGAGUAUGCCGGCUGUGCAGAAACGUUCCACGAAAGUCGACGCGACCUGUCAAGGAUCUGGCACUUUUGCGAGAAGCCGACUUGCAAAAAAAUGUCCACGUUCGAAACGUAUUCGCACUGCACGAAGCUCAUCUGAACAUACUUAGAAAGACGUACUUAAGCUAAACACACACACAUAUAUGUACAUACAUAUAUAGUAUAUUUUAUAGUUGUAAUUAGGUAUUGUAUGAGUAGGUACUCGUAGCAUUUAAAUAAUUAACAAGCAACUAAAAACGAAAACAAAAACACUAUCUCAUGACCAUAUCAACACAGUCAACAUACAGAGCCAAAAUUUAAUUAUAAUUAAUUAUUUAAACAGUAAAAAAUUCCAAAUGUGUAUUUUAAAUGUUUAUACAAUAUAUAGAUAACAUACAUACAUACAUAUAAACAUGUGCACGUAUGUGUGUAGUGUGUGCCCAUAUGUGCAACUGUAUCCAAACACAAUGCACGCACUUACAUACAUGCACACACAGAUAGAUAUAAAUAGCAAUAAAUACUUGCUGUAAGUAGUUGGUAAUAGUUUUUUUCUCAUUUCAUUUUAGAAUGAAUUAGCCGAAUAUGUGGACGAAUUGAAAAUGUUUUAAGUUUACGUGUAACAAAAAUUACGCAUUCAAGGUUCCUAUAUUUAUGUACAAUUACAUUUCUUACAUACGAAUGGGCUAGUAUAGAUGUAUUUAUGUAUUUAUUCAUGUGCAUUGCAGCUACAAUAAACCCCUCUAACUCAUGCACUUCACCUUGAUGAAAAAGUUCCCGGAAUAGUUUCAGAAAAUGUCACAUGCAAGUUUAUGCCUCAAAAGUGAUAUUAUCGCCUUCGAAGUACUCACCAUCAGCAGCAACGCACUUAUGUAUGUCAGCGCGUGAUCCCUCGCUCGAAACAUUCAUUCGGAGCUGUCCACUCACUCGCCUGAUGUCUUGGUUGCGUGUUGUGCUCAUAAACCCACGUCGUGUCCCCGUAAUGAUGCGCUUGAUAAAUGUUGGGUUGAACUCAGCCUUGGAAAUGUCUUUUGCUCCCUUUUUUGCAUAAAAUUCAAAUAAUUGCAACCACAAAUAAUUAAUUACAUUGUCCUGAACGGAUCCAUAAGUAAUGUUUAAGUCCUAUGGCAGAUCUUUAAUGGUUAAUGUGCGGUUAUUAUUCAACUUUCCUUUCAUUUUAUUAUUGCUUUCAUCUGCUUUCGAUGUGGAUCCCCUGCCACUACGUUCGUCACUGCCCAUGCUCUCGAUCUCUUCUGAAACAUUGAUGCCACUCGUAAACGACUGUCUUCUUUGGAGUAUCAUUUCCGAAACAGUUUUCCAACUUGUAAUUUCUAAAGAUUUUGUACCAUUGAACCCAUUUUUAACGCAAAAUCUAAUAAAAAUUUGUUUAAAUCCAUUUUCAAAAUUGCAAAAAAAUCGAAAUGCUAUCAAAUUUUGAUAGGAAUGUUAAUCACAGUUGUGGCAACCUAACAAAAAAAAACAGAACAAACACAGAAUCAAAUCAGCCUCACCUGGCGAUUGUUCCGAGAACUUUUUGAUCAAGAUGGAAUUUUGUAUUUAUUUAAUUCGCUUGAGUUAUUCAUUCCUUACAUUUAAAGAAUUUUUGGAAUUUUCUGUAGUAAAACGAUUUUAAAUUGAACGGUUCGCCCCAAAAAUAUCCUCCAAUGUGAAAUUCAAAAAUUGAUUGACAAAUUCAAAAUAAAACGUCUAGCUGCGUAAAAUUAUUCAUUUUCCACGCAAUUAAAAUGCAACCGCGUGGCUUUUCAUAAUAUAAUUCUGUUUUUAAAUUUCUGAUUUGAGUUCUAUGCACCAACUUGGUUGACUGAACAGGUUCUGCACGAAUUAGUUCACCCUCCCGUAUUCUACUGUGCCACACAUAUUUUCUGCCAGAUACUCAUACGUACUCUUCAUACGUACUCUUCUUCAAAAUUUGCGAGAAUCAGUUGAAACUCUGUAAAUCAAACCAUUUCUCAACUGAGAAAGUAUUUGAGUUGUUUGCAAGAAGUUAACAUCUUUUUCCUUCUUUUAAUAACUCGAAUAACUUUUUGGUUCGAGUUAUAAAGUUUCGAUUGUAUUUAUGAAUAGCGGCGUAGAGCUGCAACAAUUUGUUAUUUGUUUUUUGUAUUUUUCUAUCCCAAAAUUAUGCAAUUUCAAGCUUUUGCUUUUACAAUUUUUUUUUAUACAGUCCUGAUUAAAAUACCAAAAUUAUUAAAAAUAGUAAUUAUCCUUCGGCAAUUACUUCCGAUGUAUCUUUAAUUUACACAUAUUUUGUUUUUCACUUUUUCUCAACCUUCCAAAUGGGUGUUUUGCGUUAGAUGUUGUAUUAAUGCGUGAAUCAAUUUCAGGUCAACACUUUUAAACUUAAAUCAAACUCUUACAUGUAACUCCAUACAUAUUUACUUAGAAUGUAUUAAAUUAUAUACUAAAUGUAGAUUUAUAGUAAAGUAAAUAAAUUCGUAUAUAAA